CAAGCCGAGGCGCACGGAGGAGGUUCCUCUCUUUCUCUCGCUGCUUUUUGGUUGGCGUUUCUCUCGCGUCUGUUCGUGGCCACAACCCAGGAAGUGGCCUCUGGCCUGGCCUUCCCCCUUCCCUCCCUCCUGGCCUCCGUCUUUCCCCGGCUGGACCCAUCCAGAGCCCGGCAUCGGCCUUGGAAAGGCGGCUCAUCCUUGCGCGCCGCGCGCCCUGUGCGCCUUUGGAGAGGUUGGAGAGGUCUUGCCGUCAUCAGGCAAUUGCUGCAACCACGAUGCUGAGCCACCGGCCGGGACACAUCUCGCUCUGUGUAGCUCCAUCUUUGUAGCUCCUUCUCUACCAUUGGGAACAAUGUCUCAGGACGGUGGGGCCCGGCCUAAAGUGAAGCCAGACAGAGGUUCUGGUAACCGGUCUGAUGGCCGCUGGAAGGCCAGGACGAGCCAGAGCCUGUUGUUGCUGGAGGCAGAACCAGCGGCCGAUGGCCAGGUGGACCCUGAACCGAGCAAAGGGGUGGCCCGCUCCUUGCGGCAGAAACUCAAGGCGGCCGUGGGCCAGUGCUUCCCUCUCAAGAGCGCCCCUCGUUCCCCGGACCUGUCGUCCCAACGCAAGAUCCAUCUAAGGGAGCUGAUGCUGGACACGUGCCCUUUUCCGCCUGGAUCGGAAUUAGCUCGCACUUGGAAUCUCAUUAAGCAGCACACUGCACCCGUUUCUGAGCAAGAAGUGCUGACGCCGGUGCUGCCUCCAACAGCGGAGGACGAAGACGACCGCUUGCGCGAACGGCGGCGUAUCAGCAUCGAGCAGGGAGUCGAGCCCCCUCCGGACGCUUUGAUCCACACCUUCGAGGUGACCGCUCAGAUCAAUCCGCUCUAUAAGCUUGGCCCCAAACUGGCGCAUGGGAUGAACGAGUUGGUUGGCGCCAGCCGGGUGACGCUGGCCGCUGCCGACGAAGAGGAGGAGGAAGAGGAAGAGGAAGAAGAAGCUGGAUCUUCCACAAUUGCGGACAUCAAGGACGGCUACCGUGUCCAUACCCAAAUCGACUACAUCCACUGCCUUGUUCCUGAUUUGCUUCAACUGACGCAGUUGCCUUGCUAUUGGGGAGUGAUGGACCGCUACGAGGCCGAGGCCCUGCUUGACGGCAAGCCGGAGGGCACUUUCCUCCUCCGAGACUCGGCCCAAGAGGACUACCUCUUCUCGGUCAGCUUCCGGCGCUACGGCCGCUCCCUCCAUGCCCGUAUCGAGCAGUGGAACCACAACUUCAGCUUUGACGUCCAUGACCCCAGCGUCUUCCACGCCCCCACCGUCACCGGCCUCCUGGAGCACUACAAGGACCCCAGCGUCUGCAUGUUCUUUGAGCCGCUCCUCUCCAUUCCGGUCAACCGCACCUUCCCCUUCAGCUUGCAGCACCUCUGCCGGGCCGUGGUCACCUGCUGCACCACCUAUGACGGCAUCGGGCGCCUGCCCAUCCCCAGCGCCUUGAAGGAGUAUCUCAAGGAGUAUCACUACAAGCAGCGGGUCAGGGUCCGGCGCCUGGACGCUUGGUGGAGCUGAUGGGGGAAGUAGCCCUUGGAGACUCCCAUCAGACACUGGUCCACAGCCACCCCUUCCCUAGUCUUUGCUGUUGACUUCCAUGAGACUCGUGACCCUAAGCGCCUUCCCCGUUGGGUCGUCAUUCGAGACCUUCAUCAGCCAUUGCUACACAGCCAACCUUUCCAUGGUCUUCACAGUUGACUUCCACGAGAUUCGUGGCCCUAAGCGCCUUCCCCGUUGGGUCGUCAUCUGAGACCUUCAUCAGCCAUUGCUCCAUAGCCAACCUUUCCAUGGUCUUCACAGUUGACUUCCAUGAGAUUCGUGGCCCUAAGCGCCUUCCCUGUUGGGUCGUCAUCUGAGACCUUCAUCAGCCAUUGCUACACAGCCAACCUUUCCAUGGUCUUCACAGUUGACUUCCAUGAGAUUCGUGGCCCUAAGCCCCUUCCCCGUUGGGUCGUCAUCUGAGACCUUCAUCAGCCAUUGCUCCAUAGCCAACCUUUCCAUGGUCUUCACAGUUGACUUCCAUGAGAUUCGUGGCCCUAAGCGCCUUCCCCGUUGGGUUGUCAUCUGAGACCUUCAUCAGCCAUUGCUCCAUAGCCAACCUUUCCAUGGUCUUCACUGUUGACUUCCAUGAGAUUCGUGGCCCUAAGCGCCUUCCCUGUUGGGUCGUCAUCUGAGACCAUCAGCCAUUGCUCCAUAGCCAACCUUUCCAUGGUCUUCACUGUUGACUUCCAUGAGAUUCGUGGCCCUAAGCGCCUUCCCCGUUGGGUCAUCAUCUGAAACCUUCAUCAGCCAUUGCUCCACAGCCAACCUUUCCAUGGUCUUCACUGUUGACUUCCAUGAAAUUUCGGUUGGCAUCCUUUCGUCCAUCCACGGACACAGCUAUCCUCCCAACACAUCAUUUUUGGCAUCCCGGUGAACCCACUGCCAUGUGGCUCUUAAUCCUAUCUAAGCGCCUUCCCAAUGGAAUCAUCAUCUGAGACCUCCAUCAGGAACUGGUUCACAGCCCUCUCUAUCUUGUUCUUUUCUGUUGACAUCCAUGAGAUUUGUGGCCCUGUCUAAGCGCCUUCCCAAUUGGGUUGCCAUCCUUUCAUCCAUCCAUGGACACGGCUGUCCUCGUUCCACAUCAUGUUGUGGCACAACAGUGCAGAACACAUAGCAGGUGGCUCUUGAUCCUGUCUAAGCACCUUUACAGUUGGGUCCUCAUCCUUCCAUCCCUGAUGCCGAACAUAGUUAUCUUCAUUCCAGAUUGUCUUGUGGCAUCGUGAUGCAGAAAGCAUCGAAAUGUGGCUCUUAAUCCUGUCUAAGCACCUUCCCAUUUGGGUUGCCGUAUUUUUGUACCUCCAUGAACAAGGGUAUCCUCCUACAUCAUCAAUGCUCUUCAUCAAUGGAUCUGUGGAGAACAAGAAGUACUCUCAAGACAGGAGAGCUUCCAGUUGCUUUGGGAUGAUAUUUCCUUAAGACAGACGCCCUUUCAAUUGUCUUGGGAUGGCAAGGAACACUGUAAGGUCUGUCCCAUGUGGCUCUUAACCCAUGGAUCUAUGGAGCACACGAAGUCCUAUCCAUAAGAAAGGAGGCCUUCCAGUUUUCUCGGUAUGGCAACCCAAAGAGAUGUGGUCUGCAGACCAUAAUUUUCUCUCCCAUACAACUCACCUCUUAACUUCGUUCCUUGGGCCAGGGGUUUCAGUCUUUUCCAGAUGUUGAUGAACUCAACCCUUACUCUUUGUUAAAAUAAGGCUCUGCACAUCCAUUGUGUGAAUACCUAGGAGACUCUUAAAGUGCUGCUAUGCCAUUUCAACUGCCACGGCUGCCUCUUGUGGAGUUUGUCCUUUCCUAAACUGCAAAUCCCAGCAUUCCACAGAAGGCAGCCGUAGCAUUAAAAGUGGAAUAAUAGCACUCCCUUGUGCCCAUGAACCUCUUUCUCACACCAAACUCUUUAAUUCCAGCAGGGAGUUUUGGGAACAGCGACAGAAAAAGCACAAUAUUUUGGGAUAUGUGUUUGGGUGCUAGGGUUGGGAAGGAUUUUUGAAAAUAGUCAUACAAUGGUAAAAAAAAAAACCCCUUUUAAAAUGUCCAACUAAUCCUGAUGAGAGAAGAAUCCUGGAUUAUUGAGACAGUUUGGGAUUUAUUGUGUGCAAAAUUAUCCUGAUGUUUUGUGCAAACUGUGUUUCCUGUACAGAAACAUGUUGCAAUAAGGGGUUUGUUCUGAGCAAAAUUCACACCUGGUAGAUUUCCACAGAGAAUACCAUUUUCUAUGCUGGAAAUAAUACUUUUGGGAUAUUUGGUGGGAUUUGGUUCUGGGACCCUCCUGUUACAUUACAUAACAAAAUUUGAAAAAAAAUCUGUUCCUGGUUUGAAAGUCUUAUUUCCUAUUUAAUUGUGCAGUCUUACUUUGAACGUUGUUCUACUUUAGAAACUAUGUUGAAAUGAUUGAGACUCAAUGAGAUCUUCAUUGAAAAACUAUAGCAAAAUGUGCUGCAGGAUGUCCCUUCCACAAAAGCAAACUUUUUACUGUUUAAUAAACUUUUCCCAUGUUUUUAUGAUAGAACCAAUUAGGAAAGGACAUUUAUAACCCAGGAACAAAAACCGUGUUUCAUAGUGUUACAGUAGAGUCUCAUAUAUCCAAGCUUCGCUUAUCCAAACCAUUUUUGUAGUCAAUGUUUUCAAUAUAUCAUGAUAAUUUGGUGCUAAAUUUGUAAAUACAGUAAUUACAACAUAACAUUACUGUGUAUUGAACUACUUUUUCUGUCCAAUUUGUUGUAUAACAUGAUGUUUUGGUGCUUAAUUUGUAAAAUCAUAACCUAAUUUGAUGUGUAAUAAGCUUUUCCUUAAUCCCUCCUUAUUAUCCAACAUAUUCACUUAUCCAACGUUCUACCGGCCCGUUUAUGUUGGAUAAGUGAGACUCUACUGUAUGUUGAAAUGAUUGAGACUCAAUGAGAUCUUCAUUGAAAAACUAUAGCAAAAUGUGCUGCAGGAUGUCCCUCACGCAAAAGCAAACUUUUUACUGUUUAAUAAACUUUUCCCAUGUUUUUAUGAUAGAACCAAUUAGGAAAGGACAUUUAUAACCCAGGAACAAAAACCGUGUUUCAUAGUGUUAUUUACUUUAUGCAACAGGGCAGUCAAAUGGCAAAAGUCUGUGUUUGCUUUUGGCCUAUUUUAUAAUUUUAAAGCUGUGGAUGCAGAACCUAUGGAUAUAAAGGGCUGGCUGUAAUAUUCUCUAUCCAGGAGAUUUGCUGGCCUAUUUUAUUAUUUUAAAGCUGUGGAUGCAGAACCUAUGGAUAUAAAGGGCUGACUGUAAUAUUCUCUGCUGCUUUGUACAAAUCCUUUUUUUUAUGGCAAAACUAUCAUGAAUUUUGCACAGAAUAAGUCCCGAAUUACCAAGAGGUUUCAAUGAUAUUCUCUCUGUGGGAAGAAAAUUAUUCUAAUUACUUGUCGCUUCCUUUGAGUAGAAACUUUGGGUGCGUCUUUAACUGUAGAAUGAAUGUAGUUUGACACCACUUUACUUGCUCAACAUCAUAGAAUAAUGAGAGUUGUAGUAUUCUGAGGCCAGCCCGGCACUCUUUGGCAGAGAAGGCUAAAGGCCUGGGGAAAACUUCUAGGCUCCCUUAGCAUUGAUCUGCUGAUAAUGCACAAAUGUAUGUGUAUAAACACUCUUGUAAAAAUCCCAAGAAAUGUAAUACAAAUCAGGUUUCUACAACUCGAUAUUAAAGUAAUUCUCUUCAAACUAUAUCUAUAUAUAUAAAAGGGUAAUGAAAUUUCGGCCUAGGACAAAACAACAAAACUAAACACCCCACCACCUCGAAAAUUGACAGCAUAAUCCCUCAUCCACGCCUCUACGUUCAUACAACAAAAAUAAAAAAGUCCUAAUUAGAGGGAGAGAAAUAAUUGUUUUUAUCCAAUUGCUGCCAGUUAGAAGGCCAAGCUCCGCCCACUUGGUCUUCUAGGAACCCACUCAGCCCAGGGGACAGGCAGAGUUAGGCCUCACUUACGUCUCUUCCCCAUUGCCUAUAAAAUACAGAUUAUCAGAUUUUAACUGGAUUAUAUGGCUGUGCAGACUCAAGGCCCUUCCACACAGCUAUAUAACCCUUUACCCUUUACUUUACCACCAAUUCUUCAAUACUUUAUUUUCCAUACCACCAUACUUCGCCACAGUAACGCGUGGCUGGGCACAGCUAGUCUAUAUGUAUAAAAGGGUAAUGACAUUUCGGCCUAGGACAAAACAACAAAACUACACAUCCCAGAAACACUAAACUUGGCAGCACAACCCCUCAUCCACGCCUCUACGUUCAUACAACAAAAAGAAAAGAAAAAUAAAGUCCUAAUUAGAGGGAGAGGAAUAAUUGUUUUUAUUCCAAUUGCUGCCAGUUAGAAGACUAAGCUCCGCCAACUUGGUCUCCUAGCAACCCACUCAGCCCAGGGGACAGGCAGAGUUAGGCCUCACUUAGGCCUCUUCCACACUGCCUAUAAAAUACAGAUUAUCUGAUUUUAACUGGAUUAGAUGGCAGUGUAGACUCAAGGCUCCUCCACGCAGCUAUAUAACCCAUUUAUAAUGGACUUACUGUCUGGGGAAAAUCUUUACCUUAACUGCCACCAAUUCCUCAAUACUUUAUUUCCCAUACCACCAGACUUUGCCACAGCAACGCUUAAUAUAGAGUUGUAGAAACCUGAUUUGUAUUACAUUUCUUGGGAUUUUUACAAGAGUGUAUAUACACAUACAUUUUGUUCUGUCCCGUAGCAUUGAACCUUGGAAGUUAAAGUGGUGUCAAACUGCAUUAAUUCUGCAAUGUAGAUGCACCCUUAGUGAAGAAUUCCAUCCCUAGUAUGUGCUGUGUGCAAGUUUCCUCCCAAGACAGGUUUUCAAACACAAAAUGCUAGGGACAGGUACGAGCCGACCUGCUGUCUUGGUCCCGGAUCUAGCACAACUCUUCCUUUUUUGCAGGCCUUUCUUCCAUUCCUGAUGUUUUUUUGGGACGGGGAUGAUGGGGCCGAUAUGUCCAAUAGGUCUAAAAGGGCAAAAACCUCCUUUGCCUUCUCCCUAAGCUCAAGGGCUACCUUUCACAGGAUAAAACUAUUUUGAUCCUGGACAAGUGGAUUUUCUGCCAGGGGAUUGCGCUGAACGUGUCCCACUCCGUUGGGUUCUUUGAGGCCUUAUGGGGCUGGGAACAGACGCUGGGACUGCUGCCCCAUUGAACAAGUGCUGCCAGGAGGUUCUCUCUCUCUGUGCACUUUGCUGCUCUGUGUGUAUGUGCGUGUGUGUCAUUAAAGAGGUGUUUCUUUGUCUUUGG